AUGGCUCUCCAUUUAGGCUCGAUACGAGAUGUUUGCUUCCAACCGUUCUUCAACUUUGUGGACAUGAGGGCGCUCUUAGAAAACUUCUGUGUGUACCACGUAAAUGCGCCGGGACAAGAGGACGGGGCUCCGAGCCUACCUGAAGACUACCUGUACCCAACAAUGGACGAAUUGGCCAACCAACUCAACUACGUGCUUGGCCACUUUGGGAUCAAGACGUUCAUCGGAUUCGGAGUCGGCGCUGGCGCCAACAUCCUCGCGCGAUUCGCUCUUGUGCACCCACAGAAGGUGGAUGCCUUGGCUCUCAUCAACUGCACGUCGAAUCAGGCCGGAUGGAUCGAGUGGGCUUAUCAGAAAAUGAACUCCCGUUCGCUGAAGAACCGAGGCAUGACCCAAGGCGUUCUCGACUACCUCAUGUGGCACCAUUUCGGACGGUUCCCGGAGGAGCGCAACCACGACCUGACGCAGAUGUACCGCAUGUACUUCACUCGGAACGUGAACCCUACGAACCUGUCGUUGUUGAUUGACGCGUACGUGCGGCGCACCGACCUCGGCAUCGCGCGGGAGAACGACACCAUCAAGGUGCCGGUACUGAACAUCACCGGCGCUCUCUCCCCGCAUGUCGACGACACCGUCACCUUCAACGGACGCCUCAACCCCAACAAUUCUACGUGGAUGAAGAUUUCGGAUUCGGGCAUGGUGCUGGAGGAGCAGCCAGCUAAGAUAUCCGAGGCCUUCCGCCUAUUCUUGCAGGGCGAGGGCUACGUUGCGCCACUGUCGCCCACCAAGAUCACGGCGUACCGGCGACUGUCGGACGCCGGCCGCCGUCGUCCUUGCCGCCACUCGCCAGUCAUCCGCAUCACCGAGAACCCGAUCUCGGAGGCGGUGGUCUGCUAAACUAACUCCCUUUCGCUAAAGCUCGCUGAUUGAUACCCCACGAGUGAUUACUUAGUAAAAACUUUGCUGAUAUGUUAUCACGGCACUAGCCAUGUAAAAUGAUCGUCCGUAAUACUUGGCAAUGCGCUGAAGUACUCGAUAGUGUCGUCUAGCAUCCUCGUGGGGCCGCGUGCGCGAGCGAGCACGAACAUCUAGCUAAGUUCCUCACAUCUCGUGAGUCGCACUGUUGAAGUUAUAUCAUUUAUCAUUUAAGAGGAAUUUUAUUAGAACCCACUGAUAUAAUAUUACAUAAUUAUAAUGUACCACUAUAUAGCGUUAUAUCAUUCAGUUAGGCUAACUUCACACGUAUGUAUCUAUCCAUAUUUGUUUACGCGACUGUGUAAGGGAGUUAGUUAGCGUGGUUAUUUUGUAACUUAGUAAUAAAUUGAACAUGAGGGGCUGCUGUGAAAGCGGCGUCAGGCCGGCGUGUCGUCGCGCGCUACUUACCGUCAUGGGACUCGUUGUUGUGCCGGAAUAAAGACUAAUAUUAAUGUAACAGCACAUUGUCCACAUUGAUUAACAUUACGAUAGAUAGCUGAUCUAAUUAUGUUGGAGACCAUGUCGAGUGGCGCGCGCCGGCUCGGGCUCGGCAGUGGCGCCGCGCGCGCUAACACGUCGCUGGGUGCUAUGCUAAGACCAAGAUAGAUUUCGAAGUUGAUCAUUUGAUGACAGUCGUUUUGGAAACAAUGAAUCAUUACAAUUUUUUUGACAUUUGUUAUACCAAAAAUAUUGUUUGUUAUACUUAAAUAUACAAUUGUGAGAUGUUUUAUUACGUUUGUUGAUUUUUUGCAUGUUGAUUAUAUUAAUUUACAUUAUCAGUAUUAAAUUUUGUAUAAGUUUUAAUUACUUAUUUGUAUAAUAAGAAAAACCUAAGUAUUUAUCACCGCUUUUAGUAGUUAACUUAAAUAAUAUUAGAGAACAAUGAAUGUUAAACGUGCAGCAGCUUGUUAAGAGAUUUUCAUUUAUUAUAAGUAUUUAUUUAAUAAUAAUAAUAUGUAAUUUUACGAGUAUAUUAGAAAAAGGAAUGUGCGUAGGUUAAAAUUUAAAAGGAAGGGGCGUGAGUUGAUUGUAAUAAUGUGAAGAUUUGGCAUGCGCGUAUCAUACUCUUCGAAUUUAUCGUGUAUGUAGACUUACACGCCGGUGGAUAUUUUACUAAUCAUUUAGGCCGGCUACUUGUUAGUGGUUAUGUAUGGAUUGAUACUGAUCAUAGCGGAUGAUUGUCUGGAAGCUGAGAGUGCUCGGGGCUCAGGAGCGACACCAGUCGGUGGUGUACUGAUGUAACGAAGGAAGGCCACAUACAUACUUAGAUUGUUCAGGUCAAUGUUUACGAUGUUGAAAGGUUUCUCUUAAUAAUUAGAAUCUUGAAUCAGUAGCGGAAUCUCAGUAGAUCUGUUUGUCCCCACCUCCACGGUAUGGCGCGGCACUCUAGAGGCACGCACGGCAGGACACGCGCCAUACGCUCACACUCGAGGUCGCCUCUAAGCUUUGUAGACGUACAAUCGAUUAAUAUUUAGUUUAUAGAAGUUCCACAUUAUACUCUUUCGUUCAAGUGUAGAAGAUGUUACAUUUAGAUAUUUUUUGUUCACUGAUAUUUGUGUGAAUUUAAUGGGUCUAUUAAAAGUGAUUUUAUAAACUCUGUGUUAUUCAUUUUGUCAGAUGGCAAACCUCAUACCAAUGGUUAGUUAUUAAUCCUUAUUCAGUCAACGUCAAAUUACGCAAGGUUACAACAUUUUUCUUGCUGGAAUAUUAACUUUUUUUCAUAAAGAUACUGUGUAAUGGGUACACGUACAGCACUAACCGCUUGAAUGCACCGAUAUGAGACAAUAGAAAAUACAUUGUUUCGUGCGGAUCCACGUUUAGACAUACGUCGAGUUAAAGACACUAUUGAAACUAGCUAUGUAUAUUUAUUUACUACAUUCUUACAAACACAGUUAUAAACAAAAGUAUCUUAAUUAACAAUUAUGUUUUUAAACUAUAUUCAUCAAAUAUGUCUCUGAAAAUUUUGAAUAUUCACACAUUUCAUAAUACAGAAACCAAAAAGUAUCAUUAGGUGUAGGUACCUAGUGAUACUCAGGUACUCUGGACACUAUAGAGAGGAUAUUAAAGACAAUUAUUUUGUCAGAAUAUUAAAAUCUCUGUAAAAACAAGGCUUUAAUUACUACUAAGAAGUAAAACAUUGGAUCUACGAAUGCCUUUUAUAUUGGUUCAAAGACGACCGGUUUCAUUGACACUGUAUCUACAAAUUGCUCGAAAGAUCGUGAAACCCAAAAACAAUGUAGCGUUUGUGGUUAGUUUAAAAAAAAUCGAGCAAGAAACUCCAUGCUGCAUUCUCAUAGAAUUGUUGCAAAUUAUCUAAAAUGUGCACAGUAGCGCAGGAUUUUUUUUUAAGGGGGGAAAGUCAUCGAUUUACUGCUCCUGCAUUACUUUACUGCUGGGUGAGGCGGGAGGGAGUGUCAGACUCUUACUGACUAAAAACCACCCCGUUCGUUCUCCUACACGUCGAGCCGGAGCCCCGGUAACCCGUUAGGUUCUCCGCGACAGUAGUGCAGGAUUAACUUUCAAAGAGGAGCAAAGUAGUAAAAUUAAAAAUUCAAUGUAGAAAAUUAAAUGUAAGUUAUCAGUUAGGUCUAAUUAUUUAACUAUAACUAAUUGACGUUGACUGUAUGUCACUCGUCAUCUAAGACUAAUAAAACACCAUUAAGCCUAAUGGUACACACUGCACAGUACCUUCGUAGCGCGAAGGUACUGUGCAGUGUGUUCGUAGAUCCAAUGUUUUACUUCUUAGUAGUAAUUAAAGCUUAAAACACAACUUGUUUUUACAGAGAAUUUCUUAAAAUAAUGACUUGGUUUUAUACUAUGUAAUAACGAAUGAGAAUUAUACUGCAGCAUGAGUAGAUCG